AUCUCAACAGUGACCGACAGCGUGUCUAUAUUUCGCUGCUUUUCUUGUCCUGUAUUGUCUUAUCUGUGGAACCUUGACGUCUCAUGAGAAGUAUUCUUCCCGAGCCAGAUUGCUUUGGAUGGAUGGGAUAGGUGUUUUCCAAUUUUUGUCUUCCUUUUCUUUAUCUUUCUCUUCGCCUUUUUCUUUUCUUUUUUCUUUCUUUUUUCUUUUUUCUUACUUUUUUUUUUCGCUCUACCUUAUUACAUCGCGUACCUUCAUAUCUAUUCUCCUGCAUUUUUCUUCGUUCUAUCCCGUUUCAUCAUGUAACCCCGCAGCUUCAUCCACACAUCACAUCUGUUUGUCUGGUAUUUAAAUGGCCAAGGCGUUUUUGACAUUUAUCACCAUCAUCAUCUACUGUGUCUAUGUUUCCUCGAUUGAACCAGUCACAAUACAUUACACUGAAUUUAUAGAACACAGAUACCCGC